ACGACAUGAUAUGAUAAGAAGAGCAACAGGUAUCUGUUGCAAAAAAGAAUAUUUUGAGUUUGUUUACAAUUUAUUAAUAAUAAAGACGUUAUUACAUCUUAAACUUUCACUUGACCUAAAUGAAAAAGAACAUAAGUUAAAUAUGAGUUCUGGCAAUAAAUUUGGUUUUGAAUCAAUACAAAAGGAAUCUACCCAAAAACUUAAUAAUAAAUCAAUUGUUAUUGCUUAUUUAUUAUGGUUAUUUGGCGGAAUUUUUGGUGCUCACCAUUUGUACUUACGAAGAGAUCGCCACGCGUUUAUUUGGUUGUGCACAUUAGGUGGUUAUUUUGGAAUAGGGUGGAUUUUUGAAAUAUUCAAAAUUUCAAGUUAUGUACGAGAUGCAAACGAAGAUAAAGCUUUUAUUGAAAAAUUUAGAAUUAAAUUGCGGAAAUAUCCAAGACCUCCAUUUUCAACUAUCCGCUUCUUAGGUGCUAUAAUGGUUGGCUAUCUUUUUGGUGAAUUAAUAAAGCAAGCAAUACCAGAAAACAAUUUUUUGGAAAUUGACUGGGGAUUUUUGCAUUGGUUGGUUCCAUUUGGAAUUGCUUUAGGUGUUUGGACUGUGGGAAAUAUAGGACGUGAAAAAGGCUCAUUUUGGCAAUGUCUUUUAGCUGCUUACAUUUCUUACCCAAUUCGCUACUACAUUUAUGAUGAAUCCUGGUAUAUGAUAAUAGUGUUAUUUUUUACAGCCUUAGUAUUCGACUCUUGUUCAAAGCAGUGGCGCGUAGAGCCUAAAAAGAAGAGUGGUUGUUGCAAAAGAUUUACAUGUUUUUCUUUUUGCGUUACAUUGUAUCUUGCAUUAUGGUGUAGUUAUUUUUAUUUCAAUGGAAAAGUUCUUGAUUAUGAAGGAGAAGAAAUACCUGUACACGAAGCUGUUAAACAUUUGUUAUCCUCAUCUAUGUGGGCUGAAUUCAAAGAUACUCUUUUCGAAAUUUAUAAUUACAGUCAACACCGAGGUUGGUACGAAGUGUUAAAAGAAUUGUUUAUUUUAAUGGACGAAGAUGGAAUAAAAAAUUCUUACAAGGUCCUUGAUCUUAGUCCGACAGCAUCACAAGUAGAAAUAACAGCCGCUUGGCGGAAACUUUCUAAAGAAUAUCACCCUGAUAAACAGAAAGAUCCAGUUAAACGAAAUGAAGCGCAAGAACGUUUUAUGGAAAUCCAACAAGCCUAUGAAGUACUUAGUAAAAAUAAAAUGAAGAGAAAAAACCGCAACAAAAAAUUUGAUGACGAUUUAUAAAUAAUUAUCAAAUUUUUAUAAUAGUAAAGUAAGAAUAUAUUGCAAGAUUAUGUAAUUAGUUUUUAGAAAUUUUUAUACAUAUGUAGAAAAAUUGUUUUAUUUAUUGAUUCAAAUAAAUUUUGGAAACUUC